UGUUCGGAGAAAUUGCCGGAAUAAAAAUCCCGGGUCCUUCAGGCAGACCGUUUAGCGCCGGAGCCGAGAGCUGUCACUUUGUUACGGACUUCAUUCAUUGUUCCUGGUUUCUCCUGAAGCGGAUUUCGUUAUCUUUUCCCAUCAUGUUCGAGGAGGCGAGCGAGGUGUUUGAUAACAUGCUGAAAUCGUCCUUUCCGUUGACGAUUAUCGUGUUUUUGCCUGCAGUGUUGAUCCUGGUGUCACCGCUCCCAGCUGAAGCGGCGCAUGAAUUCACGGUGUACCGCAUGCAGCAAUAUGACCUACAGGGACAGAACUACGGAUCGAGGAAUGCAAUUUUGAAUACUGAAGCCCGUACGGUGGAGGCGGAGGUGCUAAGCCGUCGCUGCGUGAUGAUGCGACUGGCCGAUUUCUCCUACGAGAAAUACCAGAAGGCUCUCCGGCAGUCUGCGGGGGCCGUCGUCAUCAUCAUCCCCAAGAACAUGUCCACAAUGCCCCAGGACAUUGUGCAAUUCAUGGAGUUGGAGCCGGAGCUGAUGGCCACAGAGACCAUCGUUCCUGUGUACUUUGCUGUUGAGGAUGAUGAGCUGCUGUCUAUUUACACCCAGACACAGGUCUCCUCUGCCUCACAGGGCUCCUCCUCCGCGGCUGAAGUGCUUCUGCACUCUGCCACUGCAAACGGAUUCCAGAUGGUGACGAGUGGAGCUCAGAGUAAAGCUGUGAGCGAUUGGGCUAUCACCAGCCUGGAGGGUAAAUUAGCAGGAGCAGGAGGAGACGAUCUGCCCACCAUCGUCCUUGUGGCUCACUACGACUCUUUUGGAGUGGCUCCGUGGUUGUCGUACGGUGCUGACUCCAACGGCAGUGGUGUAGCAGUACUCCUGGAGCUGGCUCGACUCUUCUCUAAACUCUACUCUCACAAACGGACUCACGCCGGGUAUAAUGUGCUUUUUUUCCUGUCUGGAGGAGGGAAGUUUAACUAUCAGGGCACUAAACGGUGGCUAGAGGAUAAUUUGGACCACACAGAGUCCAGUCUCCUGCAGGAUAACGUGGCAUUCGUCUUGUGUUUGGACACACUCGGGAACGGGGACAGUCUUUACCUGCAUGUGUCUAAACCUCCUAAAGAAGGCACACCUCAGCAUGCUCUGCUCCGAGAGCUACAAACGGUUGUAUCUCAGCAGUACCCAGAGUUGAAGUUCUCCAUGGUGCAUAAGAAGAUCAACCUGGCUGAUGACACCCUGGCGUGGGAGCACGAGCGCUUCGGGAUCCGCCGCCUUCCCGCCUUCACGCUCUCGCACCUGGAGAGCCACCGCAGCUCCAUGCGCAACUCCAUCAUGGACAUGCGGACUCGUGUAGAUCUGAAAAAGCUCAGUAGGAACACUAAACUGAUCGCAGAGGCUCUAGCGCGAGUUGUUUACAACCUGACUGAGAAGGGCACUAAUGCAGAUCUGGAGAUCUUCACAGACCAGAUGCAGGUGCAGGAGGAUCAGCUGCUCUCUCUGGUCGACUGGUUGAGUGCUCAGCCUCGAGCCGCCCAGCUGGUGGAUAAAGACAGCAGCGUGGUCAGCACCCUGGAGUAUUACCUCAGCCGCUACCUCAAAGACAUCAAGAGGCAUUUCGUCAAAGCUGACAAGAGGGAUCCUGAGUUUGUCUUCUAUGAUCAGCUGAAACAGACGAUGAAUGCAUACAGAGUAAAACCAGCCAUCUUUGACCUGCUGCUGGCGCUGUGCAUUGCUGCAUAUCUCGGCAUCGUGUACUUGGCUGUCCAGCAUUUUGGCGUUUUGUACAGUGUUCUUCGCCGGGUCACGGCACCACGAGUCAAGCAGCAUUAACACCACUCCAGCUCUCUUCAUCCCUGCAAUAUGAGGGACUCCUGUAGUCCCACCAUGGAGCCAAGAGUGUGCUCGUUUUUUUCCCUCUCUGACAUGUUUCUUCUUUCUUUUCUUUUUUUUUUUUCCCCCCUUUCUUCAUUUUUUUUUUUGGGAAAUGGAAUAUCAUUUAGUUGUCAUGUUUGCUGUGUGUGCGUUUGCCUGCUUGCCCUCCUUUGUCCAGGGACAGCAUUUUUAUGGUCUUCCUUUCUGUCCAACACUGCCUCAUUCCCCUCUGCCUCAGUAUGAAGCUAGUGAGAUCUCUGCCAAGCAACAGUAAGUCGUCUUCUCAGGCAGCUAAAGUCAAAAAGGGCCAAAUCGCAGCUUAGUGUUAGCUAGAUAGAGAAAGCUGGUCAGUUUGGAAACUGUUCAUAUGUGACGCCUUAUUUUAGUCAAGAAUUUCUUUAACAUUAGUACAGCUCGAUAGACGUGUUCAUUCUCACACGUCCUGAUUUUGCAGAGUGACCAGCUCCGCCCUUAUUGACCAAGGGACACAUAGGUUAAUAUUUGAUCAGGGGGGAAAAAGCAAACUUGAUCAUGUGAGGACCUCCUUAGUUUUCAUUUUACUACUUUGCCACAAAUUGGUGCUAAUCCUGAACUCAUACUGACAGCAACCUGACACACCUAAGUGAACAGAAGUCAUUUAAUUUUCAAUGCUGAUUUCCAUUUAAAAUCAAAGUAACUGAUAAGGGUGAGAAAUGGGAAGGGACAGGCGACAUGGCAAAGCUGAGCAAGGUUUAAUUUUAUGCAAAUGAGAAGCGACUACCAAUAGGAGUAGGGGAGGGGUUCUGUUUCUUUUUCCGCCACAACUGUGAAACAUUUUCCAUGUUUUUGUUUCUACAUUUAUUUUCUGACUCGCAGCUCCUGAGACUUCCCUGCUGAAAAAAAAAACCCAAUAGAAAUAAUCACCGAAAUUCUAAUGGUUUCCACUGCAAAUAUCAUUACAAACCAUCAGCUUACCAUUAAAACCAUUGUUAUUGCUGGUCUGUAAUGGUAUCCACUAGACAAAAAAUGCCACCAAUAGAAGCCAACACAUUACAAGUAGAGACCCACAGGGACCAUUACAGUUUCCAUUAAAUAUAAAUAUACAAUUCCCAUUAGAACCAUUGCAAAUUCUAUGAGGGUUUCUGUUGACUUUUUCUCAGCAGGGUUGGUCUGCUACUACAUGUUUAAAGUUUUCGGUACAUCAAACUUUUACAUAUUUUACAAAAUUGUAAAAUGACUCUGUUUUCAAUCGUAAAAAGUAAAAUGUCUUGGGUUUUUUUUCUUUCACUAGUAGAUUAGUUCAUACAACACUAAUACAUUUAAGCAUUUUACCCCCCUUUUUUUAUUCGGAAAAACAACUGAUUUGUGGUCAAAGGAGUGGUUUGAUACAUUUUAUUUUUAAAGAUGAAAUGAGACGUCCCCUCUAGAGAGCGGUGUAGUGCAAAAAAUGACGGCUUAAAGUACACAAUAUAAAUAGCUUAACGACCUCAGUUAAGCUAGUAAGCUAUCGAAGGUAACAUUCAGUAAACAUGUCAUGAGAUUAAACUUUUGCUAAUGGCUGGUUGGAUUUAACCUAGGCUCUGCCCUUGUUAACUCAGGGAAACCUGUCACUCAGCAAAAUCAUCCAUCCAUCCUCUAGAGUACAAAUAUAAUGUUAAUUUAUUUGAUAUUAAAGAACCCGAGUAUUAAUUUCCUCAGUAAUGUUAACAACUUCAUCUUUAGCUUUCCAUCAAAUUUCAUACAUCUACCACUUUGGAUAGCCAUAACAGUCCGCUGAAUUAAACAAACACAAUAUACCUCGUCCAUCCUUUCCUUUGUUCUACACCGCACCAGAGCCGGAGUCACUCGUUCACAUCCUUCAGCAAGAGCGAGAAACUUAUUUUUUCCCCUGCUUCAGGUCUUUCUGCUGUUAUUUAUGGAAGCGGAUGAAGCUUCACCUUGCACUGAUUUUACACAGUUUCCUUUGUUUCGCUGAGAUCUAAGGUUUUGUCAGCUGUGCGUGAGCCUGUGUAAGAAAACUUUGACUCUUGCAGCAAACUUUAAAUCAAUAAGUAGAUAGGUUGAGGAAUAAAGUGUUUUGUUGAAAUA